AUGCCUGCAGAGCGAAGCCUUUCUCGGAGGAAAACAAAAAGCCGACCCCCUGUGGAGUGUGGAGCGCGGGGGGUGCAUCUUCCUCUCCCUCUGAGACCCAUGGGAGACGGCACCCCCCCUUCUGUCAUACCCUACCUCAGAAUAUUUCCACUCCCAAACGGCAAACUGUAUGACAAGCUGGAGCUGCUGUUCCACAAUCUCGACACAAAACACAGUGGAUUUUCACAGUCAUCCAAUGAUAAAGCAGAAUUAUGGAUGACCAGGCUGCCAAUAAGAACCAUAUGUCCAGAGCAGCACAUUCAGAGCAAAUCCACAGACUCGGCUUUUGUUGAUGGACACAACAGGAACAACCCAACUAUCCAUCUCUCUCCAUGCAGGCAGAACUGCACAGGAAAUAAAGAGAAAUCUUCAGAUUCUCAGGCGCCGCAGAUAGUAAACACAGUUUCUCUGGCGACUGCUGAGUCCCGUAAUGUACUUAUCCAGCAACGAGAGGAACUUCUUAAAAAACUCUCUGAUAUAGAUGCACUUCUGAAAACACUGCCUUCAGAAGGAAUCCAGACUCAGGAGGCCUCACCUGCUGCUGACAGAUCGCCUAUUCCCAGUGAUGAUGCAUCCCAAGAAGCACACGACGAUUCCAGUGACUUUUCAGAGUGCACAGAUGUUCAAUCAGGAGAUGACGAUAGUCCUGGUUAUUUACCCAUUACUGAAGACGUGAUUUCAGACUCAACUGACAACAGUUCCUCAGAAGAACCUUCCAAAAAGAAAUCCAGGCCGAACACCAGAUCUAAACAAAACUCAAAGAGACUCUCUGUGACUAAGAGCAAGCAGAAAGGAACUGUAAAAAGAAGAGAGACUAAGCGUGUUAAGGAGAAGAGUGUCCCUUCCAUCCAAGACGUCAAAUGUCUGAACUCAUUUGUAGCCAAUGCCCACACUGUGGCAGAAAACAUGUUCAGAGAGCACGUCUCUGCUGACACAUAUGCUUCACUUGCAAAGGUGCUUCUCAGUCGUGUCAUUCUGUUCAAUCGGAGGAAGCCUGGAGAAGUGUCGAGCUUAAAGCUCAACGAUUUCCUGUCACGGAAAAUGUACGAUACCUAUAACUACUCUGGAGUCACCCUAUCAGACCUUGAGAGGACCAUGUGCCGGUUCUUUACUCGGAUUGAAAUCCGUGGGAACUGUGGCCGAAUAGUCCCUGUGCUGCUGAAGCAGUCCUUUGUGUUCGGUCUGGAGCUUCUGGUGAAGAAUCGUGAGGCAUGCGGGGUCCCUGCUAAAAACCCCUUCCUGUUCGCUCGACCCACGGCUCUGACCUCUUACAGCGGCUCAACUAUUCUGCAGAACUAUGUGAAAGACUGCGGAGCAGUGUCACCAAAAACGCUCACCACAGCUAAGAUCAGGAUGCACUAUGCUGCAAAGCUGCAGAUGUUAAACCUCGAUGAAAAUGAGGCCAACCAGAUUCUCGGACCCAACUACCUGGAUUUACAAAGCACUCAAGGCAGUCAGGUCAUUGAUCCACAAGCAGCAUUUGAGGAUAUUGGGAGCCAAACACCUGUACAGUGGGACCAGAACUCCUUUACCUACAACCGCCCAACUGCUUAUUACCCUGACCAGAGUCAUCAUGCACAAACUCCAGCCCUGGCUCCUGCCCCGAAGCGCCCAGUCACAGACAAACCACAGAGAGUGUCUCAGAAGAACAGUAAACAGAAAUGGGACGAGGCUGAGAUCCAGGCUGUAGAAAGGCACAUGAUGCGCUUCAUUCACGGACAUAAAGUUCCUCAAAAGGCGGACUGUCUCCAAUGUUUGGAUGCUGAGGCUGAGGCUCUGAGGGCGCGCUCUUGGAAGGGAGUGAAGGACUUUGUCAGGAACAGGAUCACCGCCUUGAAAAGGGAGGAGAGCAGGAGUGCUUCGAAAAACCUGCCAUCGACCAACUGGACUUCCCAGGAUAGUGGAUAUUACCAGUUUUGA